AGCGUCUUUUGCAGUACAUCGCCUGGAAGUAUUCCUCAACCUUUGCGGUGUUUGUUUUUGGAUACCUUUUUAUUUAUCUUGUAAAGAAAAUACUUCUUUGUCAUUAUUAAAUUAACAUCAGCUGUGAAAAAUAUUUGAAAACUUUUUUGAUGAUUGAAAAAAUGAUUAGGGAUUUUAUGUUGCGCAUCUGACAUUCCAGGAGAUGCAUGCACAGCCAGUAUAGUUGACAAGCGAAAGGUUAGUUGUUAAACUGCAGAUUACAACGCCUCAAGUUCAACAGCGUGACUUUUUAUGUUCUUGUUGCUGCUCUGGGCUCCUCGAAGAGUAACAAGGAAUAAAAUGAAGAUGUGGUUAGAGGAGGAGCAAACAGGGGAGCAGGACUAUUAUGCGAAUCCAUAUGAAAGUUUUAUAAAGAGGCACCUGAAAAACUCAUAUGGCUAUUUCACAGGAAAGAAUCAGAAUUACCGCAAUGGCUUUCAGCAGUACAAGGAAUGGGAGAAGACGUUUGCAUUUGGUGAAGGCAGCAGCAGUUCAGAAGAGUGUGAUCUUGACUCUGACGAUGAAAAAAGUGCAAUUGAUCACAUUCUAGAAGACAGUCUUGCUUUACAACAAGAGUCUGAACAUGAUCCAGUUUCUUAUGAGGAUAACAGACAAGAGGACAUCAGAACAACACAAGUCAUCUACAGCUGUGAGUCGGGACGAAUGGUUCCUCGACUUCGAGAACCCAGAAACCUCUAUGCUUUGAAUAAAGAGCUGGGACCUCAGCAGGCAGCAAGAUGGCCUUCGGAAAUCCAGGUCCUGAAAGACAGAAUAUCUCAUCUCUACUAUGUUCCCCCAGAACCAGAACCUUGCUACAAACCAACUGGCAUGGAAAGGACUCCGAUGUGUCGUGGAGAGGAAGGUGGAGGGAAAGUGGUUUUUGAAUAUGAUCCAAAAUUACGAUGUAACUGGAUACGUGUGCUUGCCUUGGCUGAGACUCAGAGGCAGGUAUUCCUCAAUAAAUCGAACAUGCUGGAAUGGACUGCAGUACACCAUGACGAGGGAGAAAACUAUCAGUUCAUGCGAUCAUGUGUUGGAGGAUCACGCAAUGGAACAAGCAAGUGUGCAGUGGAGCUUGAAUCUGAGAAUGAUACUACACUGAUUUUCGAGUCACGCUUUGAAAGUGGAAACUUAGCAAAAGCUGUGAAAGUUGGUGACUAUGAAUAUGAACUGUGGCUGCGCUAUGACUUGUACACAGACAAACAUACCCAGUGGUUUUACUUCAGCUUCAGCAAUACCCGUCCCAAUGUGCAGUAUCGUUUCACUAUUGUCAAUCUGCUCAAGCCUGACAGCCUGUACAACAAUGGGAUGAGACCAUUAAUGUACAGUGAUAAAGAGGCAAAUUUGAAGAAAGUGGGUUGGAUUCGUGGUGGUCAAGAUAUCAAGUACUACCGCAACAACCUCAGGUAUAUGACUUCAAAGGGAGAGAAAUCAUAUUUCUCAUUAACAUGGACAGCAGUAUUGGCACAUGAGAAUGACACAGUAUACUGGGCUCACUGCUAUCCAUAUACAUACACAGAUCUGCAGGAUUAUUUAAUGGAGCUGCAAAAUGAUCCAGCCAAAUCACGCAUAUGCAAGCAGCGCAUUCUUUGCCGUUCACUAGCUGGAAACUUAGUUUAUAUCCUUACCAUUUCCUCACCAUCACAAAAUCUGGAGGACAUGAAGCAUAAGAAGGCAGUAGUGAUAACAUCACGAGUCCAUCCAGGAGAAAGCAACUCCAGCUGGAUGAUGAAGGGUUUGCUAGAUUACCUAACUGGCAACUCACCAGAUGCUAAACUUCUCAGAGACACCUUUAUCUUCAAAAUCAUCCCUAUGUUAAAUCCUGAUGGAGUUAUUGUGGGCAACUAUCGGUGUUCCUUGGCUGGCAGAGACCUAAAUAGACAGUACAAGUCCGUGCUGAAAUAUGCUUACCCCUGUGUUGUUCACACUAGAAACAUGAUUCGAAAGUUGUUGCAAGAGAGAGAUAUCAUUGUCUACUGUGACUUGCAUGGCCAUAGUCGUCGUCAGAAUGUCUUCAUCUAUGGAUGUGAGCAAAGGUUUGGCAGUAACAGGCGGCUGCAUGAAAGAAUAUUUCCCUGCAUGCUUCACAAAAAUGCACCAGACAAGUUUUCAUUUGAUUCCUGCAAGUUCAAAGUGCAGAAGAUCAAGGAGGGAACUGGACGUGUGGUGAUGUGGAAUAUGGGAAUCAUGAACAGCUACACCAUGGAGGCCACUUUCUGUGGCUCCAGUUUGGGCAGGAAAAAGGGCUUUCACUUCAGUGUCGCAGACUUUGAAGCUAUGGGUUAUCAUUUUUGUGACACUCUGCUUGACUACUGUGAUCCAGAUAAUACCAAGUAUGCUAAAAUUCUGGAAAAUUUGGAGAACCGGAUGAAAAUGGCAAUUUUGGCCAAACUGGGACGUGAUAGUGCGAAUGACAUAAACCUUGAUGACAUCCAGCUGUCUGACUACAACUUUGGGGAUGUGGAGAGCAGUGAUAUGGGUUCCAACAGUUCUGACUCUGAUGGUCCACCCAUACACAUGCAGUAUCAGGCUGAGAGAAUGAAAAAGAAAAAGAAGAAGCUGAAGAGCCGCAAAGACCGUGAUAAAGGAAGGUUGUCUGGAGCUGAAGAGUCCAAAAAGCCAGUAGCUGCACCACAGAUAGUGGAAGAGAAGAGCAGUAAGCCAAACAGUGAGCAGGUAUCAAAACAGUCAAAGGUAGGGAGUCAGCCACUGCGUUACAGCACACUGUCUGGGAAACGACCCCGCUCCAAUGAUGAGCGAACUGGCAGUGGCAUUCCCAUAUUUGUGCAGGAGCGAGUUGAGGAACGACAGCAGAAGAGACAACAAGAUUAUUUGGAAGCACUGGCAUCAACCUAUGUACAGCAUGGAUUUCCCAUCGAUAAAGAACCAGUGUUUGUAAAAAUGGAGCCUAAAAAAGUAGGUUCUCUGCCAUACAAGGCAUUAUCUUCUCCAGCAGUUGAAGAGCAAUCAGUUGUCCAUUUUCGUUACUCUGGAUCAGAAUCUGGGGGCCAGCAGCCCAUUCCCUUGAGCAUGGAGGGCUUGUGUGCACACCAUGGCCAGAUUUUAGCUGCUCACCUUGCAGGGGGUGCCAGUCUAGGGAGACAAGGGUCUCUUGGGUCAGCCCAGAUACAAUCUCGUGGUUACACUACUUCCUUUCCAGGAGACUCAGCAUUUAAAGUAUGGAAGUUGAUUUCACGACGCCAAGUUGAAUCACAGGAGCUGACCCCUGUGAUGGAUGGCUUAACCACCCUAACACCACUGGAUGAGUUUGUCCGUUCACAGAUCAUACCAUCUCAGAGCAUUUCCCCAUUAGAACGAAGGCCACCCUCAAAACCACAUCUUCUUGAAGUUUCAGCAGCACAGCAACGUCAGCAAGACACAAUCCGAGAGGCUGGCUCCAUGCAGAACCAUGCUAAUGUAAUUAGCCGAACUCAGGAACAUAAAAGUGGCUCAUCAGGCAAGAACCAAUAUCCAAGAACCCAGGUUCCAUAUGCCACUGCUGUCGGCUACAAAGGGUCCACAUCUUCAUCCAUCUUUGCUCAGCCCAUGUCAUUGCAAGGUCAGGCCACUGCAGAUUACCUCCCUGCGCAAGCUGAGUCCAUUGGUGGCAGACAUGUUCAAAGCAGUCACAGCCAGCGUCACAAUCAAGGAGGCAGAAAAAGCAGAUGUGGUAUGCGAGAUGAUGAUGAAGAAGAAAAUGAUGGGACCCUGAAGCCUCACACACUUGGUUCAAGUCUGUUUAAUGAUCUGGACUCUAAUCUGACAAAGCGACCACCCAGAAUAAAGCCAGCACACACCUCACAGGAGAUGGCAGAUGCUGUCGCUGGGAUAAGAAAGUUGCAGCAGUCCCUGCAACAACACCCUCAUGCAACAGCUGCAACAGUCACCUCUGCAACAGGGACUUACAUCCAUCAACUCAUUAAAGAAACUGGCGACGAUAUUCAGGAUCUCACAAAUGAGAUCCAAGAAAAAAUUGAGAACAAACUACAAGAAAUGAGAGAAUUGCAACAUCAUCAAGUUUCAGCAACAGCACCAAACAAAACUGAAAAAACAUUGAUGCGCGCUAAAGCUGAGGGACAGAAAAUGAACAUUCAGGGCACAGGAGAGAAAAGUAUUGCUGCAGACUUGAAGCAGCAGACCAUUCUUGCCAGCACUCAGCAUGCUGCUAAGUCUGGCAAAAAUCCCUCUGUCCACACUCUCAAGCAAGAGGAACUUGUAGAGACCUUUAGCAUUUUGCCGCCACAUCUAGGAGAAAGCAGAAAAAGGGAGGGAAGUGCUCAUAGCAGCAGCAAUCGAGAUGAAUUUGCGCUGCUCCCAGGCAUAGAAGCUGGAGAGAUGAUGCCUCGAGUUAAAUCUGCACGAUCCUGUCGUCAGGUUGUUGUAUGUACAGACUGGAAAAGCCAUUCCCACAAAAAUCUCCCUGAUGAUCUGCAGUGACCACAAAGAUGGUGGCGAUAACACACCAAAAGCCCAACAAUUUCUUCCUCUGUACCGUUCUGUGAGAGCUCCUUUCUUCCGCAACUACACACGAAGAAAAUGAGGAGAGCUGUGCAGAUUUACCUUGUUUAACAAAAUGUAUAACAAGUGUUAUACUAUGCCUUUGAUAGACUACUGUUAGAUUAUUAUACUUUUUUUUUAUCGUUAUAAUUUCUAGUAACUGUAAGACUUGUGUGCUGUGAUGCUGAUUUGUUUUUUAUGUAUCAGUAUGUGUGGAAUUUUUUUCUGGACUAAGCUGUGAUAUUGAAAAAAAAUCUUUGGUAUUAUGCAGUACUGGACUUUUUUAGUUUACAUCUAAAAUGAAAGAACUAUUGAUCCUAUUUGUGGUUUAUCUUUCAUAACAUUUUUAUUAAAAGUGUGAUAUAUUCCUCCAUGCAACUGAAGCUUUUAAUAGACUUCGUAAAUCAUUAAGGAUACUUAAAGACUGGAAUAAACUGCUUUUCAUAAUGUA